CAUAGCCACCGGGAUGGUGUCCCUUUUAAAAAUUGCUUUAUAGUCGUUCUAGGUUCUCCCUCUGCCUCACUCACUCACUCACUCACUCUCUCCUUCUUCCUUCAACGGUUCAAUCAAUCAAAACCCACCUCACUCUUUUCUCAUUUCACACACACACUUGACUCAUUCAACUCAUCACAACCAAAACCAAAUCUAUUCUAUUCUAUUCUCCCACUACACUCUCCCAUCUCCUUCACUGAAUCAUCACCACCAUCAUCAUCAUAAUUAUCAUAUCAUAUCAUAUAUUAUACAUAGAUAUAGUUCAAUUCUUAUUUAUUCCUCCAGAAGUGGGGAAUGGCUUACAUGUGUGCAGACAGUGGAAACCUCAUGGCAAUUGCUCAACAAGUGAUCAAGCAGAAACAGCAACAAGAGCAAGAACAACAACAACAACAACAGCAACAACAUCAACAGCAUCAACAGAUGUUGGGUAUCAACCCUCUGUCCCUCACUCAUCCAUGGAGCAUUCACAACACUCCACCCCACCUGGGUUUCCCUCUUACAGGCAAUGAUUUCCCGGAUCCCUUUCAAGUCGGGUCGGGUCCUGACAACGCCGAUCCCGCCUUCCAGUUCCCUCCACCGCUCGACCCUCAUUCCGCCGCCGCCUUCAGAUUCUCCGAUUUCGACUCCGACGACUGGAUGGACACUCUUAUGGCCGGCGCCGACUCAACCACCGACCCGCCACCACCUGAUUUCGCUCUCAACCCGUUUUCCUCUUGCCCGACCCGCCUCUCCUCUCCCUCGGAUCUCAACCGGGUCAUCUUCACGUCAGAGUCUCAGGUCACCACAACCAUCCCCCUUCAGCUCCCAACCACCCCACCCACUCUCUCCAAAGACACACCACCACCACCGCCACCGCCGGCGAAGACCACCCUUCACCGGGACGCCGCCGCCGCCGCUGAAACGGCGUCUUCCCCGCACCCCCUACUGAAAGCGCUAACAGAGUGUGCCCGGUUCGCCGAAACCGAACCAGAUCAAGCCAUGGAGUCUCUGACCCAUCUCAGCAAAUCAGUUUCUCAGCAAGGAAACCCUACUCAGAGAGUAGCUUUCUACUUCUCCCAAGCCUUAACGCGGAAAAUCUCAGCAGAGACACAGAAACUGAAGGUGAAUGAUAAGAACUCUGCAACUGGGUUGGAACCUACUGCUUCAGAGGAGUUGAUUCUCUCUUACAAAGCGCUCAACGAUGCUUGUCCUUAUUCCAAGUUUGCACACUUGACUGCAAACCAAGCUAUAUUGGAAGCAACAGAAGGAGCUACAAGGAUUCACAUCGUUGAUUUUGGGAUUGUUCAAGGGAUUCAAUGGGCUGCACUGUUGCAAGCAUUUGCUACACGCUCUUCUGGGAAGCCUCAGAGCAUAAGAAUAUCAGGGAUACCAGCUAUGGCUCUUGGAACUUCCCCUAGUUCUUCUCUUUCUGCUACUGGUAACCGUUUAUCUGAGUUUGCUAAGCUUCUUGGCUUGAAUUUUGUGUUUACACCGAUUCUCACUCCUAUUCAUGAGCUUAAUGAGUCUAGCUUUUGCAUUGAGCCAAAUGAGGCCUUGGCUGUGAACUUCAUGCUUCAGUUGUAUAAUCUCUUGGAUGAGACUCCAACUGCUGUUGAAACUGCACUUCGGUUAGCUAAGUCUUUGAAGCCUAGGAUUGUGACUCUUGGUGAGUAUGAAGCGAGUUUGACACGAGUUGGGUUUGUCAGCAGGUUCAAGGCUGCACUGAAGCAUUUCUCUGCUUUGUUUGAGUCUCUGGAGCCUAACUUGCCCUCUGACUCGCCUGAGAGGUUCCAGGUGGAGAGCCUUCUGCUCGGGCGGCGGAUCGCGGGUGUGAUCGGGCCGGAGUUGCCGGGGUGUGUGAGGGAAAGGAUGGAGGAUAAAGAGCAGUGGAGGGUUCUGAUGGAAAGUUGUGGUUUUGAAUCAGUAAGUCUUAGCCAUUAUGCAAUUAGUCAAGCUAAGAUACUCUUGUGGAAUUACAGUUACAGUUCUCUGUAUUCGCUUGUUGAAUCUCAACCUGGGUUUUUGACUCUGGCUUGGAAAGAUGUUCCCCUCUUGACUGUGUCUUCCUGGCGUUAAUGGUGUGUUUGGGGUCAACUGGAAUUUGGUUUCCACCUGGUUCUUUUUUCUCUGGUGUGGAAGAACUAAUAGCAUGUUUUGUUUGACAGUGCAAUGGUCUAGAAUCAAUUCUGGUUAGAAGCUACAUGUCUUAGCUUCUGAGUAAACAUGACUUAGUUUAUGUGCAAAUCAUGAAACCAAACACGCACUAAUUGUCUAUAUGCUGUUGAUGAUCAUGCUAGGCACUUCAAUUGAAUGAAUUGAUCUUUGUUUGGUGAAGUUAUGCAGAUUUGAUAUGUUAAUUGGCUCUGAAACCAGAUUUUUAGGAGAAUUGCCAUUUGGGUUGUACUUUUAGCAGUUUGGUCCUAGUUCCACACCCCACUUCCUUCUUUUUGUUUUCAAUUGAUUUUUCUUAUUUGUAGUGUUUUCAUUGUGGCAUUGGUAUUAGCUAGGUUGAUGACUUUUGACUAGACAAACAGUGGAGAAGGGAAUGGAAAAUGAAGAAAUGGGAAGGAGAAAACUUCCCUUUCCCCAUUGCUAGUCUGGUGACUCUGUAAAGAUGAUUUUGUUGUAUGGAUUUAAAUUAGUUUGAACAUCAAAGGUUUUUUAUCUUUA